CUCCGGAGGUUCUAGCGCAGAAGCCGUAUGGGAAAGCCGUUGACGUCUGGUCCAUAGGUGUCAUCGCCUACAUCCUGCUGUGCGGCUAUCCUCCGUUCUACGACGAGGACGACGCAAACCUGUUCGCGCAGAUACUGCGCGGCGAGUACGAGUUCGACGCCCCCUACUGGGACGAGAUCUCCGAGUCGGCGAAGGACUUCAUACGACACCUGAUGUGCCUGGACACGGCGAUACGCUACACGUGCAAGCAGGCUAUACAGCACCCGUGGAUCUCAGGUGGCGCUGCUCUGGAGAAGGACAUUCAUGAUUCUGUGAGCGCACAACUGAAGAAGAACUUUGCGAAAACCAAGUGGAAGCAAGCAUACAAUGCGACGGCAGUCAUACGGCGCAUGCAGAAACUUGCCAUGAACAGCACCGCCAGCAGCAACAACAGCCCGUCGAAGCUCACCACAUGAUUCCUCGUCCUUCGGAGGAUGCUGCGUCGCCAUGGAGACCCCGCCGACGGAGGCAGAAGACGGCCGCCGCGACGACCAGACUGUCAAAGGUUGAAGGUCAAAGGUUGAGGGUCGCUGCUUGACCCCUCGCCGACCUCGUGAAUUUCGCGCGCGCGCGAGAGCGAGCGAGCUUGUUUGCUGUUGCGUUACUCCUCCCCUGCCCGCCGUUGUGUCUGUGGAGCGUACCCCCCACGCGUGCGUGCAUGCAUGCGUGCGCUGCAUGCGUGCGUGCGCGUGCGUUUGUACAGCAUGCGUGCGUGCGUGCGUGUGCGUGCGUGCGUGCGUGCGUGUGCGCGUCGGUCGGUCGGGUUGUGGUGGGAAAACGAAACACGGCUCGUCCCGCGUCGACCCACACGGUCAUUCCAGUUCCCUAAUCUCUUACCGUGUCCGGCCUAGCUAUCGGCUACCCAUAAUCUUCAGCUACCUGUUCCAGUUGUUAACCAUCCCUGGUGGUUGUGCAUGCCUAGCUACCGGCUACCCAUAAUGUUUAGCUACCCCUUCCAGUUGUCAACUAUCCCAGGCGGCUACAUAUGCCUAGCUAUCGGCUACCCAUAAUCUUUAGCUACCCGUUCCAGUUGUUAACUUUACCUGUCUGUUGUAUACACCUAGCUAUUGGCUACCCAUAACCAUUAGCUAUCCCUUUCAGUUGUUAACUAUCCCUCCCAGCUUUUAACUAUCCCUGUCGGGUGUAUAUGCCUAGCUAUUGGCUACCCAUACCUUUUGACUACCCCUUCCAGUUGUUGUAUACACAUACAUAUUAGCUACACCUAGCUAUUGGCUAACCCUAACUAUUCGCUAUAUAUAUAGAUGCAGCCAGACUUUGGCCACCUACAAUUAUCGGCCACCCCUAGCUAUCAGCUCCCCCCCCCCCCAGCUAAGGAAUGCAGUUAGGCAUUGGCUACGAGUAGCUAUCGGCUAUUCUUCUCUGUUGGUUACGCUUUUUGAUUAGCCACUCCUAGCUAUUGGCUACCCCCUCCUCCCGCCAUAGGUAAUAGAUACAGCUAGCCAAUUGGCUGUCUUCACCUACUGCAUACGCAUUGCACACAACACCUACCUACUCGGCUACCAAAGAAACGGCUAUGCAGGAAUAACCAUGGCAACGGAAUGCCUCGCGAUCGCACGCAGCGCCUCCUGGCGAGCACGCUCACCCCACCUCGCCGUGGCCUCGCGGUUGCCGUGGUUUCAUUUAUAUAUUAUAUAUCCCAGUAUCUCGAGCCACAAGUAAUAUAUUAUCAUAUUAUCAUAUAUGCGCAUAUACGUGUGUGUGUGUGUGUGUGUCAGUAUAUGCACGUGUGUGUACGUGUGUAUGUGUGUACGUGUGUGUGUGUGUGUGCGCGGAUGCCGCCUGUUGAAUAUUUUAUCUAUAUUUUAUAUAUUUUCCGCAGCUACUGAUGUUAUAUUCAUUAUACGGUUAUUUUUAUUUCAUUAUGUAUACGAAGACUUUAUUGCAUACACGAUUCUCUCUCCCUCUCUCUUGCUGUCCCUCUCAUUCUCUCCUUUCUCUUUCUUUCAAUCUCUGUCUUUCUCCUCUCUCUCUCUGUCUCUC